ACCACUUUCAUGCACCUCAAAAUCAUAACGUGCACUAACACAACUUUAGGUUUCCAUCAUAAUCCUCUACUCUCUCACAGGCAUAAUUCAAAACCCAAGAAUUUCAAUAAAAUAAUGCAGCCCAGUUUCUUUUGUUUCACUCUCUUCUUUCUUUUCUUCAUCACUGGAGUUACUGUUGGUGGCGCUGCUGUUGACAAGCUAGUGGCUUCUCCUGAAAUGUCUACAGGGCCUAAUAAUGAGCAAGGCGACGGCUCCACUGGGGCUACUGGCUCUGGUCAUGGCCCAAACUAUGACUACAGUUGGGGCUGGGGGUCUAGUCCGGGUAGUGGAUGGGGUUAUGGUUCGGGUUCAGGUCGGUCGCCAAAUGGGUUCGGUAGAGGUUUUGGAUAUGGGUUUGGGUCUGGAAGUGGGUCAGGUUCUGGAUAUGGUUAUGGGUCAGGCAGUGGUGGUGCACAUGGCGGUGGAUAUGGGGCUGGAAGUGGGUCUGGUGGCAGGGCUGGUGGAGAAAGUGGCGGUGGCAGUCACUCGCCAGCUGAUUCUAAAGGGAAAAGAAACCAUGGCUGAUGAGAUAUGCGGUGUUUUAAUGGAUCAAAGUUUGAGGUUUAUGUUUUAAAUAGGGUCCAAGGUGUGUAAGCUGGCUAGCUAUAUUUGUUAUAUAGUUUGAGUUUGGCAUAUAUAUGCAGUUUUAUUACUGUUUCUUUUCUUUUCCUUUUUCUUUUUAACAAAAGCUUUGCCUCUCUGUUACUUGCAUUACUGCCAUGAUAUGUAUAAUCAAAGCUCAAAUAUCAAUAUCGAACGAAACUCUGAAAAAUUCUCAAUUA